CCAAGCACAGCAUCAACUCAGCGACAGAAAUAUAGCUAAAAUGGCGGUGGAAAACAGCGCCGAAUUUCAGGAUGAUAAAGAAAUCCUCAUCAACAAGGGUGAUGUUCAAGAGGUACAACAAAAGAGCGGAGCUGUCACAGAAAGAACGACUGCCAAACCAUCCAAAAUGACACUGUAUCAUUGGACGCAGUCCUUCAGUUCGCAGAAGGUGCGUCUGGCCAUAGCAGAGAAGGGACUGAUCUGUGAGGAGUAUGAUGUCAGUCUGCCUCUUAGUGAACACAACGAGCCCUGGUUCAUGAGACUGAACCCGGCAGGAGAGGUACCAGUCCUCGUCCACAAUGACAACGUCAUCACAGACCCUGUUCAGAUCAUGGACUAUCUAGACCAGAACUUCAGAGAUGAGGGAACUGCUAAGCUGAUCCCCGAGGAAGGCAGUAUGUACUAUCACAGAGUCCAGCACUACAGAGAACUACUGGACUCUCUACAGAUGGACGCCUAUACACACGGCUCUAUACUCCACCCAGAGAUCACCGUGGACUCACACAUCCCAGCCUAUGCUACCACACGUAUACGAGCACAGAUUGGGAACACAGAGUCGGAGCUGAAGAAGCUAGCGGAGGAAAACCCAGAGCUAAAAGAUGCCUAUAUGGCUAAAACGAGGCGUUUGAAGCACAAGCUGUUUGACCAUGACAACAUGAAGUAUCUUAAGAAGAUUCUGGAUGAGUUGGAGAAAGUCCUGGACCAGGUUGAGACAGAGCUACAGAGGAGAGCAGAGGAGACACCAGAGGAGGGCAGUAGUCAGUCGUGGCUGUGUGGAGAGUUCUUCAGCAUGGCCGACGUCUCCCUGGCUGUCACCCUGCACCGCCUCAAGUUCCUGGGGCUUUCCCGCCGUUACUGGGGCAACGGGAACCGCGGCAACCUGGAGGCCUACUAUGAGCGUGUGCUGGAGCGCCCGUCCUUCCGGAGGGUUCUGGGUCACGUAAACAACAUCCUGAUCUCGGCCGUGCUACCCGCUGCGUUCCGGGUGGCGAAGCAACACGUGCCGGCGUUCGUUGGCACCACGCUGCUCAUAGGCAUCCUGGGAGGAGCCACGUACCUGGCCUUCCUUUACCUGAAGACCAGGAUGUUAAUUACCAGGUGGUAGAGGUGAGAGAGAGAUGGGAAGAGAGUGGCAGGGUAGGAGAGAGAGA